ACAAAUCUCAAUCAAAGAUCCAUCCCUUUGAUUGAUUAUGUAUAAAAGCUUGUUUCCCAUUACCAUUUUCUCUCAAACCAAACACAAACCACUUUCUCUUCUCUCUAAUCAAUUAAUUUUCUCACAUCUCUGUAACUCAAAAUAUUUUCCAUGGAAAUCAUGACUGUCAAAUCGACUAUUCAAGAUCACGACGAUGACUCUCUUAACCUCAGUUUGGGUUUGCCAGGUUCUAACAAGAGAGCUGCGGCGGAGGAAUUAGCUGAGGAUUCUAGAUCUAAAUCCACCAAGUGUAGUAGAUCUGUUCUUAUUACCGGAAAUAACAAGAGUAGUACGCAACAGCAAGCGGUUGUUGGAUGGCCGCCGAUUCGAUCUUACAGGAAGAACAAUACUCAUCAUCAAACUGUUAUUACGGCGAUGAAGAAAGCAAAAACGAGCAGUUCGACGGAGUAUUCAUCGUCUUCUUCGGUGUCGGUAGUGGAAGUUUCGAAUUCGGGAGGAGGAGGAGGAAGUUACGUGAAAGUGAGCGUUGAUGGAGCUCCUUACUUGAGGAAGAUUGACGUGAAGGUGUAUAAAAGCUACGGUGAGUUGGUGAAGGCUUUGGAGAAUAUGUUCGGAGGAGUUUGUAUCGGUAAUUACUCGGAGACGGAAGGUUACAGUGGAUCUGAAUAUGCUCCUACUUAUCAAGACAAAGAUGGUGAUUGGAUGCUACUUGGAGAUGUUCCAUGGAAUAUGUUUGUUUGUUCAUGCAAAAGGAUGAGAAUCAUGAAGGGUUCAGAAGCUAGAGGACUGGCUUCUUCUGCUUAAUCGAUCAUUGAUCAAUAUUCAUCAUCAAUUCAUAAUCAAGAUUUGAGUUUUUUUUUAAUAUUAUAUAAAGAAGAAAAGAAGAAGAGAGAUCUGCAAUUGUACAGAGAGGAUUAUAAAAUUACUAUAGUAAUAUAUAGUAGGUUAUAUUAUUGUAUAAGAUUAAUUUCAUUACAUACAACAACAACAAGAUAUAUAAAAUAUCUUUCCCAAUUUUGUGUUUA